AAGAGAACUAAUUCUUGCUUAGUCUACAAUUACGACAACAAUCCAUACUUAUCACCGCCAUCACCAAGUCACCCUCCGCCUCCGGCCUCCACCCAAUCCAUUCUCUCUCUUUUAUAGCUACUUCUUCACUGAAACGAAAUGAGGAAAAGGGAGACCCGAUAAAUAAAGAAACAAAAAACCUUUGCUCCUCUUCUUAUUCUUUCAUUGCUCACCCCAGUUCCCAGUGCCGCUUCUUUGCUCCAUCCAUAGCUUGCUCAAUCCGUCCAGAUUCUUUGUGUGGUAAUUUGUUGGUUGUUCUAUGUGGGCUGGUGGGGGUAGAAAAUUUCGGAUUCCCUUGUUGGAAAGGGGAAGCUGAGGAGGGCCAGCUUUUUUAUUAAAUAACUUCCCAUCUGGAAGUAAGGAUCUGGCUAUUGUUAUUUAUUGUUUCAUUGUUCUGGAGGUUAGAGAUAUAAAGUGCUUGGCUUUUGCAUGGGAAAAGAAUGCCAGAUUUGCAAGUUAGAGUUCGCCGAUCACAGAGGGUGAAAAAUAACCAGAACCCUUCUGGUGUAGUUGCUACUGCGGCACCUGGUGGUAGGAGAGGACGUGGCAGAGGAAGGGGCUGCAGAGUGAUGAAUCAUGACGAUAAUGCCAAGAUUUUGGGUCAAGGACGCCCGGGUUUGGAAAUGCCAGUUAGGCAACCAGUUGAGAAAAUUGCUGAAAAAUUGGUAGUUGGUGAAGAGGAAGGAAAUGCCAGUCCUCUACCGGAAAGGGUGAAACUAGGAAACUCUCCGGUGUACAAAAUAGACAGAAAGCUUGGGAAAGGAGGCUUUGGGCAAGUUUAUGUUGGAAGAAGGGUGUCAGGCGGCGCUGGGCGCAAUGAGCUUGCUUUGAAAUUUGAACACAAGAAUAGUAAAGGAUGCAAUUAUGGUCCUCCUUAUGAGUGGCAAGUAUACAGCACCCUCAAUGGUUGUUAUGGGCUUCCCUUUGUCCAUUACAAAGGCCAACAAGGAGAUUACUAUAUCCUUGUAAGGCACACACUCUCUAUAAUUGACCUUCUUUCUCUUCAGGUAAUGGACAUGCUUGGGCCAAGCCUCUGGGAUGUGUGGAACUCUAACAAUCAAAUGCUGUCUGAGCAGAUGGUUGCUUGUAUAGCAGUGGAGUCGAUAUCCAUUCUAGAACAGCUGCACUCAAAAGGCUUUGUGCACGGAGAUGUUAAGCCAGAGAACUUUUUGCUCGGUCAGCCUGGCACACCUGAGGAGAAGAAAUUGUAUCUAGUCGAUCUCGGUUUGGCUUCAAGGUGGAAAGAUACAGUAUCCGGUCGGCAUGUGGAUUAUGACCAAAAGCCUGAUGUUUUCAGAGGCACUGUGCGGUAUGCUAGUGUACAUGCACAUUUGGGUAGGACGGGGAGCCGUAGGGAUGACCUUGAGUCCCUAGCUUAUACCUUAGUAUUCCUUCUUAGGGGAAAGCUUCCAUGGCAAGGCUACGUGGGUGAAAACAAAGGAUUCCUUGUCUGUAAGAAGAAGAUGGCUACUUCUCCUGAGAUGCUGUGUUGCUUGUGCCCUCCUCCGUUUCAACAUUUUCUUGAGAUGGUGACCAAUAUGAAAUUUGACGAAGAACCGAAUUACUCGAAGCUCAUAUCCAUUUUUGAUAACAGUAUAGGCGCCAAUGUCUUGUUACGGCCCAUUCUAACUGAUGGGGCCAUAAAGGUUGUAUACUGGGCUGGCCAAAAGAGGGGAAGGUCUCUUGUUGGCUUGGGAGAUGGUGGUCAACCGAAAAAGAAAAUUCGGCUUGGGACUCCUGCUACACAGUGGAUUUCAGUAUACAAUUGUAGAAAUUCAAUGAAGCAGAGGUAUCACUAUAAUGUUGGAGAUUCAAGGCUUGGGCAACAUGUAGACAAAGGAAGGGAAGACGGUCUAUUCAUUAGCUGCAUCUCUUCAUCGGCUAAUUUGUGGGCGGUUGUCAUGGAUGCAGGAACUGGGUUCAGUGCCCAGGUUUAUGAAUUAUCUCGCAUUUUCUUGCCCAAGGAGUGGAUAAUGGAGCAGUGGGAUAAGAACUUUUACAUAACUUCUAUCGCUGGGACAACUAAUGGAAGUUCCUUGGUGGUUAUGUCAAAGGGGACUGCAUAUACACAGCAAUCCUACAAAGUUAGUGAUGUAUUCCCUUUCAAAUGGAUCAAUAAAAAAUGGAAAGAAGGAUUUUCUGUUACCUCAAUGACAACUGCAGGCAGCAAGUGGGGGAUUGUAAUGUCCAGAAAUGCAGGUUAUCCGAACCAGGUGGUUGAACUCGAUUUCCUUUACCCUAGUGAAGGGAUCCAUAGAAGAUGGGAGAACGGAUACCGAAUUACUGCAGCAGCAGCUACAGCCGACCAGGCUGCAUUCAUUCUUAGUACUCCCAAGAAGAAAACACCCGAAGUUGCUCAAGAAACCUUGAGGACUUCUGCUUUUCCUAGUACCCAUGUUAAGGAUAAAUGGUCAAAGAAUCUGUAUAUUGCAUCAAUAUGUUACGGAACGGUAUCUUGAAGCUGCUGGCUGGUUGGGGGAGGCCGCCUGUCUCCCAAUGAAGAAGCAGGUUGGUCGGAUCACUUCUUCGCACUGGUGUAUUGCCUGCCGAAGACUUUUGGGUAUGGAGCGAGAGUAAUAUGGCUGGAGGAGUUCUGUUUUUGGCUGUUGUAGAGGGGUUACCAUAUCACUCAAUGGUGAAGAAUAUAUCCUGAAUGCCCGGUAGAAUGGGCCACGCCACGAGCAUCGAUAUUCAUGUCUUUUGGCUGGCUCAUUCUGGCUUUUGCCUUGGAACAAACAGAAAAAUGUUGUAUAGUGAUUAAUCUAUCAUGCGGGGAUAAGGCUAUGAUGGCUGCCCUGUUCUUUGUUUGGUAACUGGUGUAGUAAGCUGGAGAAGAACCAUUGUCUGGUAUACACAAGAGUCGGAAAGGAACAGGAUGGAUUUCAGGGAAACGAAAAGUCUGGAGGGUGUUAGGUUUGCUACGAGGAAAGGUUCCUUGCCUCCUGUUGUAAUGAACUUAACACGAGAAAGAAGAAAAACAUGUACUUGGCUCCCUGCCGUCCCCCUAUUACUUCAUUAUUAUUAUUAUGGCCUGAUUGAUCUAUGAUUCAUCUCAUCCAUGUGUAUAAAUUUCUUUUCGAAGUUUCAUGGGUACUGACAGAAUCAAGAUGUAAUCUGGGGCAAUACCCUUUUUGCCUUCUGUGAUUUGGUAUCCUUUGGUAACGUGAU